CGGAGGCUGCUCGCCUUGGCACAAUGCAUGGAGCAACCCCCUCUGCUCACAGGAGCCUGACAGAUAUGUGCACCGAGAGAUGAUACGGCAGGAUUUUGUGCAGAUGUUGUAACGAGGCGGUAGGAGAGGCAGGAAAUCGGAGGAAAGCUGAAAACACAAGGCUUUGCUACCCAGCAGCUUGCCAGCUAGUGUGUGUGUGUGUGUGUAUGUGUGUGUGUGCGUGCGUGCGUGUGUCUGUGUGCUAGAAGUGCCUAUGGCGGAGUUUGGGGAGGACGACAGCUCGCCUCCAUUGAAUCCCGGGGAUGCAGCCGUGCCCAGCGACGAGGCAGCUGGCAAGACGCAUUGCGAAGUGUCGGUCUUGAACGGGGACUGUGGGAUAUCAGCAAACAUGGUCGGCUCCGGAUCCCUCGCCGUACCUGGCAGCCAAGCCGGGCUCGAAGCCGCCAACACCUCUGCCGGAUUGGAUGCCAAAUCUGGAAUACCACGCAGGAGCAGCAUUAUCAAGGAUGGCUCAAGACAGCGUAAAGAGAGGAAGAAGACGGUGUCAUUCAGCAGCAUGCCCACUGAGAAGAAAAUCAGCAGUGCAAGUGACUGUAUCAGUGCAAUGGUAGAUGGCUCAGAGCUGAAGAAGGUGCGUUCCAACUCGCGCAUUUACCACCGCUACUUUCUCCUUGAUGCCGACAUGCAGUCUCUGAGAUGGGAGCCCUCAAAGAAGGAGUCAGAGAAAGCCAAAAUUGAUGUCAAAUCCAUCAAGGAGGUUCGGACAGGGAAAAAUACAGACAUGUUCAGAACUAAUGGAACCUAUGAUCAGAUAUCAGAGGACUGUGCUUUCUCAAUUAUCUAUGGAGAGAACUAUGAAUCUCUGGACUUGGUGGCAAACACUGCAGAUGUGGCCAACAUAUGGGUUACAGGCCUGAGGUACCUGAUAUCCUAUGGAAAGCAUACCUUGAAUAUGAUUGAGAGCAGUCAGAACAACAUGCGCUCAUCUUGGCUGGGUGAACUGUUUGAUGAGGCAGAUGUUAACAACAGCAAACAGAUAAGCAUAUGUGCUGCUGUGCAGCUAAUCAAAAAGCUUAACCCAGGGCUUAAAAAUGUUAAAAUAGAACUGAAGUUUAAGGAGUUUCACAAAGCUAAAGACAAAGUUAGUUCUGAUGUGACAAAGGAGGAGUUCAUUGAGGUGUUUCAUGAUCUUUGUACAAGACCGGAAAUUUAUUUCCUCCUUGUUCAGUUCUCCAGCAACAAGGAAUUUCUGGAUACUAAAGACUUAAUGAUAUUUUUAGAGGCAGAGCAGGGUAUGGCUCAAGUGAGUGAGGACACCAGUUUAGAGGUCAUUCAGAAUUAUGAACCCUCUAAAGAGGGCCAGCUCAAGGGCUGGCUUUCUCUUGAUGGGUUCACAAAUUACCUUAUGUCGCCAGAGUGCCAUCUUUUUGACCCUGAACAAAAAACAGUGUGCCAAGACAUGAACCAGCCCUUGUCCCACUAUUACAUCAAUGCAUCACACAACACGUACCUGAUAGAGGAUCAGUUUAGAGGUCCUUCUGACAUCACAGGUUACAUCCGUGCCCUCAAGAUGGGCUGCCGCAGUGUAGAGCUAGAUGUAUGGGAUGGGCCUGAUAAUGAACCUGUUAUUUACACUGGUCACACCAUGACCUCACAGAUAGUUUUUCGCAGUGUCAUUGACAUCAUCAACAAGUACGCCUUUGUUGCAUCUGAGUUUCCACUGAUACUGUGUCUGGAAAACCAUUGCUCCUUAAAGCAGCAGAGAGUCAUGUUUCAGCACCUGAAGAAGAUCCUUGGGGACAAGCUCCAUCUAGAUCCGCCCAAACCUGAGGACUUCUACCUCCCAUCCCCCUCUGACCUGAAGGGCAAGAUUUUGCUGAAAGGUAAGAAACUGAGCACGAACUGCACUGGUUCAGAGGGUGAGGUGACAGAUGAGGAUGAGGGGGCAGAGAUGUCUCAGAGGAUGAGCAUCGAGUCUGCAGAGCAACAGAAUGUUGCACCCAAGAAAUUUCAGCUGUCCAAGGACCUCUCUGACCUGGUGACUUUGUGUAAGUCUGUAGAGUUCAAAGACUUCCCAACAUCUUUCCAGAACCAGAAGCACUGGGAGCUCUGCUCUUUCAAUGAGGUCUUUGCCAGUCGCUGUGCCAGUGACUUUCCAGGUGACUUUGUAAACUACAACAAGAAGUUCCUAGCUCGAGUCUACCCUAGCCCCAUGCGGAUUGACUCCAGCAACAUGAAUCCUCAAGAUUUUUGGAAGUGUGGCUGUCAGAUAGUGGCAAUGAACUACCAAACACCUGGCCUGAUGAUGGAUUUAAACAUUGGAUGGUUCCGUCAGAAUGGAAACUGUGGCUAUGUGCUGCGUCCAGCCAUCAUGAGGGAGCAGGUUUCGUAUUUCAGUGCCAACACUAAAGAUUCAGUGCCUGGUGUGUCCCCACAGCUCUUACACAUCAAAAUCAUUAGUGGACAGAACUUUCCCAAACCCAAAGGCUCAGCUGCUAAAGGUGAUGUAGUAGAUCCUUAUGUGUAUGUGGAAAUCCAUGGCAUCCCUGCCGACUGUGCUGAACAAAGGACUAAAACAGUGAACCAGAACGGGGACAACCCUCUGUUCGAUGAAAGCUUUGAGUUUCAGAUAAACCUCCCUGAGCUGGCCAUGGUGCGCUUUGUGGUGCUGGAUGAUGACUACAUUGGCGAUGAAUUUAUUGGCCAAUAUACAAUUCCCUUUGAGUGUCUCCAACCAGGCUUCCGCCAUAUACCACUACAGUCUCUGACAGGGGAGGUUCUGCCACACACCUGGCUAUUUGUUCAUGUGGCCAUAACCAAUCGAAGAGGAGGUGGCAAACCACACAAACGAGGACUGUCUGUUCGGAAGGGCAAGAGGAGUCGAGAGUAUGCCACCAUGCGAGUGCUGCUGAUCAAGGCUGUGGAUGAUGUCUUCAAGAUGGCCGUGUUGCCGUUGAGGGAGGCAACAGACCUCAGAGAAAACAUGCAGAACGCCAUAGUGCCCUUCAAAGAGCUAUGUGGCCUUUCUGCAGUAGCUAACUUGAAGCAGUGCAUCCUGGCCCUUUCCCCUCGCCUGACUGGACCCGACAACAACCCCCUUCUGGUGUUCAACCUCAAAGAGCAGUACCCCACCUUGGAGCCCCAGGGGCUGCUGCCAGAGGUCCUCAAGAAGGUGGUCACCACCUACGAUAUGAUGAUCCAGACCAGCAAGACUCUGCUAGAGAGCUCCGAGGGGGUGUACGAGAGAAUUCUGCAAACCCAAAAAGCAGCGAUGGAGUUUCACGAGAACCUCCACGACAUGGCGGUGAAGGAAGGCCUGAAGGGCAGGAAGCUGCACAAGGCGGUGGAGAGCUUCACGUGGAACAUCACCAUACUCAAGGGCCAGGCAGAUCUGCUGAAGCACGCCAGGAGUGAAGUGCAGGAGAACCUCAAGCAGAUCCACUACGCUGCUCUCACCUGCAACCUGUGCGUGGGCGGCCCGGCCGGCGGCUCCUCCGGCUCCAGCGAGUCCAAGAGCCGCCGCAGCCUGGAGGCCAUCCCCGAGAAGGCCACCGGGGAGGACGAGCUCACCGACGAGGACAACUGAAGACCCACAUUCCUGCUUUGGCGCUGACCCACCGGCACCGAGGCCCCGCGAUGAUCUGACCCGCCCCGCCCCGCCCCCUGAUUCUGCCUCCUGAGCUCGAAGCUCAAAGCUCUCGACUCCGCCACACAGUGUCCUUACCCCGGCAUUACCACUCUGCUUCUCCACAUCACCUAGUGCACAUUCCUGAAACCCAAGCACAGUUAGAACCUGUCCCACAAUCCUGCCUUAGAGUCAUCAUUUCAAGGUCACCGCACACACAACCUAGCCAACCUCACAUCCCGGCCAACACGAGGAUAGUGAAAGUGAGAAAUAACGCAGGUUUUUUUUAAAAUUUGGAACGGUGUGAAAAACGGUUAGAUCUUGAAAGGUUUCGGAAAUAAACAUAUAUAUAUAUUUUUUUUCUUAUAUACAUAUACUGCUAACUAGACAUUUAGUUUUGCCCAGCCUUGAUUCUAAAUGAAAUCUUUUAAAUCCAUACUGCAGUAAUUCAAUGCCUCUUCAUGUUCACCACGGUGCCACACAUCAGCGUCCCCACACCCCAGAGCGUGAGGCUAUCUCUUCAGUCCACAGUCCCCCGAUCGUUCUUCCAACCCCGACGUUCAUUUUCUGGUGAGCUGGGAGAGCCAAGUGAACUAGCAGCCACGGGACCUUGCGGCAUUGACCCACUGUUAAAGAGACAUUGCACUUAUAUUUAGUAGACCGGAGAGUAACCCUAGGAGACAAAAAAAAAAAAAAAAAAAAAAAUAGCCCUUGGAUCAGUCAAAGGAUUUCUUAAAGCACAAUUUUCCAAAGGGGUUUCUUUCCAAUGUGAAACUGGAGCUAUGAAUGUAAUAGGAAAGAGAGAGCAAUUGGAAGGAGCUGGAGGUGCAAAGAAUGAAGGAAAAAGGAAGAGAAGAAUGAAUGAAUGAUAGAAGUGAGCUGUUUACAAUAUUGAACUUGUUCAUCUUCUCGUUUGCCAAAAUAGUAUAAUAUACUAUGUGUAUAUAUGGAGUUUCCUGUUACUUUUUUUCUGCAAAGUGCAUCAUUUUAUUAUUGUACACUUGGAAAUAAGAUUUAUUUUAUAAAAGAUAAACGGCGUGUGUGGAGAAAAGAAAUAUUUUAUUUGUCUGUACAGAUCUGAUAUUGGGUGGGCGUCACUACAAAGUGACCUUUGAACUUUCCCGCUGGAGAGUUCUUUCCGUUGAGACAGAGGGGCGAAUAAGAGAAUGUAAAUCUCAGCAUGUGUGGCGCGAAAACCACGGCGGUCCAAGUCUCAAUAAUCACAACCAGCAGCCGCGUGAGAAGGAACCAGAAACGGAUGUUGGAAACAGGCACAGCAAGCGCCAAAAAAAAAAAAAAAAAAAAAAAAAAAACAGUUUGGAGGGUGACGCGUUUUCAUAUUUUAGCUGCGUACACACCGUGUCCACGUGUCAUCCGAGAGGACUUUUCAGCUAGAAAAUAGCAGCGCUUUUUUGGAAACGAUCCCUGCUUUCUAGAGUGCCAAAAUGUUUUGAGCCGCUCCACGUUACACCGAGAAUCAUGUGCAUUUUCAUAUUUCACCAAGCACCCCCUUUGCACAUUGACCUCUGGAAGUCUGCAGCCCUUACAGAGAGCAGGAGUUUUGAUAUCUCACUUUCAGCUGUGCUCCCAAGCUGUUCCAGUGUAAUUCAAAAUAUCUUAAUGAGAAAUCUGGUAUGGUUGGUUGGAUAGCUCAUUCUCUUGUUUACUUGCAAUCAUUUGGUUCAGUUAUUUUUGCUAUAUUCUCAUUGGAUAUCUGCACGUCUGGAUUGCAGACUUGGGGGGGAAAAAAAGGAACCAUGGUCUUAAUUUUUUAAGUGCUCAGAUUUUAGCCGUUGAAUCACCUGAUGUGUCACCUUGGCCCGGUCCUGUAGUUAUGGGCUUCACUGUGUUUUUCGUCGUGCUAUUUGCAAACCGUGCAAUGCAAAGUGCAGACCUGUGUUAACUUAUACUUGAAGUGCUUUCAAUGACCGUGGUUUGAGAGUUUGUUGGAGCCUGUCUGGACAGCCAGCGUGCAGGAGUAGCACUUUUUGGACACGUCGGAUGGUUCCCGUCUGCCAGGCAAGUCAAAUGAGUCAGAAUAGAGAAGGAGCCUUUUGAAAGACUUUCAGCUGUUACUCAGGUCUGGCGAGAUGGCGGAGAAAGAUAGUGACUUCACAGUAAUAAUAGCUUCUCAACCAUUCCUGGUGACAAACUAUUACUCAAUCCACAAUUACCGUGUGAUAUAAUUGUGCCUCAUUACUGCUACUCAAAUCUGUCAGGAGAAGUUAGAGGUGAGAAAAGACACAUUUCUUCCUCGCGGUUUUUUGUCUCUCACCCCGUCUUUCCCCCACGUUGCGUCAGUAGUUUUUCCCGCUCGCUCUUCAUUAUACAGUCCAUGUCCUUUAGUUUGCAUCUCAAAUCUCCCAAAUAGAAUUAAUUUAUACAUGUGUACCCCUCGUAAUUGGACAAAGAAAGCUUCAUCUCGAGGAUCAUAUGCCAAGUGCAUCAUCUUUAUGACCCUCUAGGCAAAAACUAAAAAAACUUAAGAGUGGCAGCAGAUGCUCUAAUUAUGCCACAACACAUUAGCUUGAUGGAGCCUUCAAUAAAAAUCUGGCACAACUGAGGCCAAGUCUUGCUGCAUUUUUAACCUAAAAUUCUGCACUGCUAUUCCUGUUUUUCAUGGACUUUUUUUUUUUUUUGGAGCACGGACCAUGAUGUUUGGCAAGAUAUCGAUUACCAGCAAGAAAUCGGUUUUGUAAACUUGCUGUUUUAUUUCCAGACUUCUUUUUUUUUUUCUUCUCUUGAUGCAGAGCAAUGCCCCUUUGGGACUGGACUGUAAAAUGAAGUGCAAGUAUUUCUCUUUUUCUUUCUUUUUUUUCUCUUUUUUUUUUUUUAAAUAUGUGUGCGGCUCGUUUUCUUCUCAGUGCUGAAACAGUGUUGUGCCCCUCGGUUUAAAAUGCCACUUUCUUGCAGAUCGCACGACUCACCGCCAGUGUUUUAGCUGGACCCACAGCAGGACAAACAUCGUUGUCUCUGGAUUUCAAGUGCUGUGAAAGGUGUUGUAUUUAUAACUGUUGUUGAACAUUUCUACUGAUGGAGAGGAGGAUGAAGAAAAAAAAAAAAUUCAGACUGUACUCCAGUUUUGUCUCUUUAUCUGUCAAGUCCACGAAACCCUCUGAAUAAACUAUGUUGAAUAGUU